AUGUCGACCGAAAAACCCACCAUCGUCCUCAUCCCCGGCGCCUGGCACGCGGGCAGCACCUACGAGCCCGUCGCAGCCCUUCUCCGCGAACAGGGCUACCCUGCCGUAACAUUGACCCUCCUCUCCGCCGGCGGCCCGCCUUCAACAACCCUCGCCGAUGACGCGAAGCACAUCCGCAAAACCCUAGAGCCCCUCAUCGAGCAGGGCAAGGAGGUCGUCCUAGCCCUGCAUUCGUAUAGCGGUAUCCCCGGCUCGGAGUGCGUUAAGGGCCUCACUCGCAAGGAGCUCGAGGCGCAGGAGAAGAAAGGCGGGAUUGUUUCGAUGGUGUUUGUAGCGGCUUUCCUCCUCCCGGCGGGGCAAUCCAUUGAUUCCUUUUUGCCUGGUGGAGCGGGGACGGUUGUCAGAGUUGAGGUGAGUGUGUCGGUCUGGCAAGAUGAUUUUAUCAUUCUUGCACUGCCUUGUUCGUUGUCCCGGGGGAUGCUAAUUCCGCGUUUUAUUAUUGUUCAGGAGGAUAAUAAAUGCCACAUGACCAACCCUGCUGAACGAUUCUAUAAUGAUCUCGAUGAGGAAACAACGAACAAAUACCUCGCGAAACUGAUGCACCACGCCUGGCCCACCAUGCAGGACCCGCUGACCUACGAGGGGUAUCGCGAUGUCCCGACUACAUAUCUGCUCUGCGAGAAGGACGGCGCGAUUCCGUUUGAGGCGCAGAAGUUCAUGGCUUCGUACCCCGGUGAGGGUGUGGUGAAGGUGCACACUUGUGCUGCGGGCCACUCGCCGAUGCUGAGUAUGCCCCAGCUUGUGGCGGAUGUGGUUCAUGGAGCGGCCAGUGCGGUGGCUGUUGCUGCAUAG